UUAGAUUCUUUCAGCGAUUCUGGCUUUGCCCUUAAGCGGUUUUCUCGCCGAAACCUCGGCAUCUGGACUUUCAGGAAUGUGUAAUCUGUAAUUUUAGGCCGUAUAAUCAGCUAGAUGUCGCGUGGAUAUGGUUAUGAGUUCCGUAUGACUCCUAUGCUUCUCGUAUACCUAUUCAUAACCCAUUCUUCCUUCAGUACAUAAAGCUGCUUGAUUCUCUUGGCAUCGUAACAUAUAUUCCAGCAAAGGCCGCACCUUUCCUUCUAGUAGUUGUUUGUCACGGCCAUUCGCCACACCUCUCCUUCACCAUGGCUACCGUAUGCGCAACACAAACAACCCAGCGUCGCCGCCAAAGCAUGGCGCCAGUGAAUGAUGCGCCUAUAGAGAUGAGCAACAUGACCCCUUGCCAGAUUGCUGCAGCCGCCAGAGAUGGAAAUUGUUUAAAUCCGAACCCUCCAUCGUUACCAGAUUGGAUGAUCAAAGGGCGCCGGGGUUGGAGACGUAUAGUCCAGAACUUCAUUCCAUCAUGGUUCGCCGUGACUAUGGGUACGGGCAUUGUCAGCAUACUUUUAUAUACCUUGUCGACAAUGUACACCCGCUUCGAAACGCCAUUGCGGAUCCUUAGCAUCGUGUGGUUUUUCGCCAACAUCGUGCUUUUCACCACCUUCCUGGUUAUCUCGGUUCUUCGACAUGUGUUAUAUCCGGCAACUUGGACCUUAAUGAUUCAACACCCUGUUCAGAGUCUCUUCCUCGGCACCAUUCCGAUGGGCUUUGCCACGAUAGUGAACAUGUUCACACUCGUCUGCGUUCCAUAUCUGGGCGGAGCCAGUGCUCAGAUUGCUUGGGCAAUGUGGUGGAUUGAUGUCGUUGCAAGCGUUGCCUGCUGCUUCGGACUGCCAUUCCAAAUGAUGACCAAACACCAAACCAAACACGAGACGAUGACAGCAGCGUGGCUGCUUCCAGUGGUAGCGCCCAUUGUUGCGGCUGCUUCGGGAGCCGUUGUUGCGUCUGUACUCCCAGAUCCGCAGCACGCGCUUUGGACCAUCAUCACAAGCUAUGUUCUGUGGGGAACCGGAGUUCCCCUCGCUUUCGUAGUGAUUGUGAUUUACUUCCACCGAUUAGCCGUUUACAAGCUCCCGCCCCAAGAGGUCAUUGUAAGCGUGUUUUUGCCUCUUGGCCCUAUGGGACAAGGUAGCUAUGGUCUAAUGGCACUCGGAAAAGAAGCCAUGCGGGUCUUCCCGUUGACCAAUACCUUGCACCCCAUGGCCGGUGACUUCCUCUUUGUCAUGGGAUUCGCUGCCGGACUCGUCAUGUGGGGCUUUGGACUGGUAUGGCUGUUCUUCGCCACGGCCUCUAUCAGUCGUUCAAAAUUCCCCUUCAAUAUGGGCUGGUGGGGUUUCACUUUCCCCUUAGGUGUUUUUGCUAUGUCUACAUUACAUAUUGGAGAGAUAUUGCCUUCGGAAUUCUUUAGAGGACUCGGCACGACUUUUGCGGUUUGCGUGUUCCUUCUUUGGGUUUUGGUAGCGUCGGGAACCAUUCGGAAUGUUAUAUAUGGCAACUUGUUCGCUGCGCCUUGCCUCAAGGAGGUCGAGAAGCUGAGCAAGCCACCACAGAAUCAGGGAGCAUGAAAGCAUGCCCAGCACAUGGAAAGAAUAAAAUAAAUGCUAAUAGGAUAGGCGUCUCAGCCAUCCAAAUUAAUGAAAUGAAU